AUGGAUGAAAUUUAUGGAGCUUUUCAAGCAUAUUUGCGUCUCCUUGUUGAUGAACCUCUUAAAUCAGUAGAUUGGAAAACUAUGAAAGAAGACAAAGACCAUAUGAAACACAUGUUACGCUUGACUUUAACUAAGCUAGCAUGUCAAGCUGAGCAUCAUUUUUGUGUUAAAAUGGCCUCAGAAUAUUAUAAAAACUGGAUGCAGAAUCCUGAAGAGAACUUAAUACCACCGAGUCUAAGACCAGCGGUCUACUGCACAGCUAUUCGUAUAGGUGGUCAAAAAGAAUGGCAAUUUUUGAAAGAUAAAUUAUCACAAGUAGACAUUAAAGAAGACGAAAAGAGUAGUAUAUUACAAGCACUAUCCUGUUCUCGUGAUAUGUGGAUUGUACGACUUCAUCUGAACUGGAUUAUAAUGAAUUAUGAAAAAGAUCCUCAGGAUUCAUUGGAUGCCCUGGCAGCUGUAGCUGUAUUUCCAGUUGGUCAAAGGCUGAUAUGGGAGCAUGUUCACAAAGCAGUGAGAUAUAUAUCAAAUGAAGGUAAAAAUGCAACUCAGGCAAUAACGAAAAGUAGCAUGUUAUUUAAUAUGCUGAAAAUACUAUCGAAACGCCACUACACGAUGAAUAAUAUACCAGAUCAGGAAGAAGUACUUGAUAUGCAGAUAUCUGGACAAAAAUUACGUGAAAAUAAUCUGCUACGGGUUGCAAUCUCUGAUUUACUAAAAAGAUUCAAAGAAAAUACCAAAUGGACUGAAUCUUAUCUCUCGGUCAUCAAGAAAUGGUUAAAUGAAAAUGUCCCAGAUACAACAAUCCUACUUUAGAAAAUCAAAUAAUAAUAAUAAUUAACUGAUAAAAUGUUUUCAUAUUAACAAUGUUUUAUUUAUUUAAUUGUUCGUAGAAUAAAGUACUAUUAUAAUUA